AUAAUUUUUAUCUUAUCUCAUUGAUUUCUUAUCAAUAAUUUAUCUAAUCUUCACAACAUUAUCACCACUUUGUCACACAAUCCUUACGAGAUCAAAAGAAUUAUCUUUUUUACUUGUUUGUACUCGAAAUCAUGUCUUUACCAACACCUGUAGUAAACAAUCCAAGCAUGGUAAACAAUCCAAGCAUGGUAAACAAUCCAAGCAUGACAAAAACAAACAACACCACGUUGAUGGAACAAUGGGAAAGUAACAAACAACUAACCGUUGAAUUCAUUCAUGAGACCAUCAACAACUCCACGAAGUACGUUGAAUUCAAACACAAGUACAAAGAAGAUGACAUAAAAAAGGUCAUCGUUCAAAUUUGCAAUAAUCUCAGAAAAGACAAAAUUCCAGAAGACUGGAAUGCUACUAUCAUCAAUCAAGCGGUUCAAAUUACCAGAUUUUAUGCGGAUAUAAUUAAAGCACAAAAGGCAAGCUUGCUUACCAAGAAUAAAGCCAAUGACAAAGCCACAGACAAAAAUAACCAGAAUAACAAUAACGAUAUUGUAAUCGCCAAAGGUCAACAGCCAAACAACAAAGAAAAUCCAAAUGCCAACAACAUCAACAAUGAUUGUGUUAUAGUAUCAACGGAACAAAAUGACACCAACUCGAACCAAGACAAGAUUGAAAGAAAAAGAAAAGAACGCAAUAAUGAAGAAAUAAAUGAACCUAUGAUAGAUGAAAGCAAACUCAAUGAGAUCAUUGAUCUGGACAAUAUCAACCCCACAAAGCGUCAAAGAGUCAUCAGCAAAAACUAUCUUAGAGAUGAAAAUGUCUUACAGCCAGGAUGGCAUAGAAUCAACAACAUCGAAACUAAACCUGUGGUCAUCGCUAAACCAGAUGGUAAACAAUACAAGGAUGCAACAGCAUUAAAGAAUGACAUCUCCAAUACACUUGUAGAAGAAACAGAUGAAUAUGGUGAAAUUGAACAGAUCACUAAAUCACAAAAGGUAGUGAUCAUUCAUUUUGAUGACAUCGCAAAUCGUGAUAAAUUUAUGAAAUAUGUUAAAAAUGCUCAUUCAAACUGGAAUUGUGAGAUUCCCAGGUUGAAAAAUCCAUGCAUAAGAAUUAAUGGUGUGUCCAUCAAGAAAGAACCAAACUCAGAAAUAAACUGGGACAAAUGGUUGGAGAAACUUAUUAACAAAAACAAAUGGAUUCCAAAAACUCAAGACUCUGUCUUUAAGAUUAAUUUCAGAGUCGAGAGAAACAACAAAUGGAACAUUGUUUUUGAGGUCUCUCCAAACAUAAGACAAGCAAUAAUAGCCAAACAGGGUAAAAUCUUCUCAGGUAUUCAAAAAUAUGAUGUUUACGACACAUUUAAUAUACAUACAUGUUAUAAUUGCUCAAGUUAUGGACACACCACUAAUCAGUGUGGACAACAACCUGUGUGUCGAUAUUGUGCUAAACAACAUUACACUAAAUGUCAAGUAAAAUCAACCAGUAAUUUUAAAUGCCAUGCUUGCAAAAACUCAGGACAUGCUUUCAAUCAUCCUGAAUGCCCACAAUUCCUAUGGAGAUUAAAACAUGAACUUCAGUUCAUCAACAUGAACUAUGAGUUAAUCAUGACUCCACCAAAUCAAUGAAACAACAUAAGUACAAGAUGUGGACAAUGAGCAUCACUUAAACAAUUCCUUUCUUUUUUCAUAAAUUCACUCUCCUAAUUUUUUUCAUUUUUUGCUAACAACAAUACAAUCCUCAUCCUCUUUUACAAAACCUCUCAAAACUGCCUGAAUUGUACUUUCUCUAAUUUCACUCCAAUAAAAGAAUCAUGAUAAUACAA